GCCGGCCCCCAGGGCCCCCCCGCUGCCCUUCAGCCGCAGCGGCCCGCGCUGCACCGCCUCGUAAUCCGCCAUGGCGGAACGGCCGCGCCCGCGCCCUCUGCCGGCACCGCCGCAACGGCGCGGCCGGGGAGAGGGGAACCGGCAGCGAGCCCCGUGCGCUCCCUCCGUGAGGGGAACCGACAACGGGCAAUGAGCCCCGUGCGCUCCCUCCGUGAGUGGAACCGGGAACGGGCAACGAGCCCUGUGAGCUCCCUCCGUGAGGGGAACUGGCAGCGAGCCCCGUACGCUCCCUCCGUGAGGGGAACGGGGAACGAGCCCCGUGAGCUCCCUCCGUGAGAGGAACCGGGAAUAAGCCCCUUCUGCCCCUCCGUGAGGGGAACCGGGAAUAAGCCCCUUCUGCCCCUCCGUGAGGGGAACGGGGAACGAGCCCCGUGCGCUCCCUCCGUGAGGGGAACCGGGAACGAGCCCUGUCCGCCCUCUCAGUGAGGGAAACCGGGAUAGAAUGAGCCUCGUCCGACCCUCCGUGAGGGGAACCGGGGCGGGACUGUCGCAAUAUGUGGAAUAUGUCAAGAUUCUCUUAAAGUCAGGAUGUUUUUUGGUGUACGCUCUUUAUGUACUUUUAAGCCUGAUCAGCAAGGGAGGAGACCUAAUGAGUGCAACGGGCAGCAGGAGCAUCCCUUAGUCAAGGACAUCUGGGAACUAACAAGAUUUAAGGAUGUAGUAAAUCAAGAUGGUGAUGGAUGUCUAUGAAUACAUGGCUAACUUGGCAAAAGACUUAAGCCUGUGGAAGUUGGUUACCUGAUCCUCUGCUGUACCUGAACCUCAUUGUUGCAGCUUUUAAUAACCGAAUAUCCAGACGACCUAUAAAGGUGCCUUUGAGGAAAGAAGGAUGGGAAAAAAGUCGCCAUUCCGAGCUCGAAAUGGGCAAUAAGCAAACCAUUUUCACUCAAGAGCAACUGGAUGCAUAUCAGGACUGCACAUUUUUCACAAGGAAAGAAAUCCUGAGGCUGUUUUACAGGUACCGAGAUCUGGCCCCUCAGCUCGUUCCCCUCGACUACACAGACAAACCAGCUGUGACACUGCCCUACGAGCUCAUUGCCAGCAUGCCAGAGCUCAAGGACAACCCGUUCCGGCAGCGGAUUGCAGAGGUGUUCUCGGAGCACGGGGACGGCAACAUGACUUUGGAUAAUUUUCUGGACAUGUUUUCAGUGCUAAGUGAAAUGGCUCCCAGAGACUUGAAAGCUUAUUAUGCUUUUAAAAUUUAUGAUUUUAACAACGAUGAUUACAUAUGCAAAUCAGACCUAGAGAAAACUGUUAACAAAUUAACCCGAAAUGAGCUGACCCCAGAAGAAGUCAGCCUUGUUUGUGAGAAGGUGAUUUACGAGGCUGAUGUGGACAAUGAUGGCAAACUGUCCUUGGAAGACUUUCAGCACAUGAUCAUACGAGCCCCAGAUUUCCUCAGCACAUUUCACAUCAGGAUCUGAAUCCAGUGAAACAUGGAUGGAAGCACUUCUGGAACCUUAAAAAACUAUCACUUCACCCAAGAUUACCAACCAUAAGAGCACAGAACGAGAGGGGCAAAGAGGACAACUUGUGGUAACUGAACCAGUCAGAAAACUGUUCUUGUUUACCUCUCUUAAAGGAUCAAUUAAUUAAGUUCUGCAUCAAGAUUUCCCUGGAAUUUAACAAAAUGUCUAUUCCCCCUUCAGCUGGAGCAAACCUGGCCUGGACAGUGAGAUGGGAAGUAUUCUUUUAAAGUUCAGAUACCACCAGGUAGUAAAGGAGCUUGUAUAGCUUCGAAAAAUUCCCAAGAAAAUGCCUUAACCAGGAAAAAAACCACCUGAGAAUAGUUUCCAAAACACUGUGAUUAAUCAAAACUGUGUAAGCAACUCCUCUGAUCAUUUAGAGUCUUAAUAAAUGCUCCAAUUAAUCAAUUUGCAGAAGUUUUCUCCAGAGUGCAGGAUUUAUAAUGAGAAAGUCAGCAUACUUUGAGGACAAGAAACCCUUCCCCAAAUUCUGUCCCUCUUCUCUAAUUUCAGAAAUCCCCUGUUCUCCACACCAGACUCCAUAUGCACAAAUGACAAACAGAACUGACAAACUAAGUUUGUAAAAUUCUCUUUUCAUAAGAAGUUUAUUUAUGCAGUGCUCAGGGUCCUGUACAACAGAGUAAAAACAGACAUCCUGUAAUAAACAACAGUUUUAAUACAAA